AUGUCCCAGGACCUUCUGCAUAUGCGUACAGCCAUUACGCUGGCGAAAUAUGCUUUAGAUCAUGAAGAAACCCCUGUUGCCUGUAUUUUUGUACAUUCAAAAUUAAACAAAGUCAUUGCAUAUGGGAUGAAUGGUACCAAUGAGUCGAUCAGCGGCAUCUCACAUGCUGAAUUUAUGGGCAUAAAGCAAAUUCAAGAGAAAUAUGGGACGGACCCUAAAAUACUUUCUGAAGUUGUGCUAUAUGUCACCGUUGAACCGUGUAUCAUGUGUGCAAGUGCUUUAAAACAGUUGGGUAUCAAGAAGGUAGUAUUUGGUUGCGGAAAUGAAAGAUUUGGUGGGAAUGGAUCUAUAUUAUGCAUUCAUAAUGAUACAUCUACAAAUAAAUCUAAUAAAUAUGUGAGCAUCCCCGGCGUUUUGCGCAGAGAAGCUAUAAUGCUUCUACGUUACUUUUAUGUUAGAGAAAAUGAUAGGGCACCCAAACCACGAACAAAGAAAGAUAGAAAACUGGAUAAAGAGACCUUCCCUCCACUACAAUGGGAUAAGUAUUUAACGCUCGAAGAGUUUGAAGAUGAAUUUGGCCAGGAGUUUAGAGAUGCAUUUUAUUCGCAUAGAGACGUCUACGAUGAAAUUGAUUGGGAUCUCAUAGAUACUGGCUGCGAUGAAAGUUUUUUGCAUGACCUGAUUGAACAGGUGCAGAGUGUUAAUUGUACUUAUUGA